CUACCCUGUUGGUAAGACUGAUAGUCACACUGCUACCCUGUUGGUAAGACUGAUAGUCACACUGCUACCCUGUUGGUAAGACUGAUAGUCACACUGCUACCCUGAUGGUAAGACUGAUAGUCACACUGCUACCCUGUUGGUAAGACUGAUAGUCACACUGCUACCCUGUUGGUAAGACUGAUAUCCACACUGCUACCCUGUUGGUAAGACUGAUAGUCACACUGCUACCCUGUUGGUAAGACUGAUAUCCACACUGCCACCCUGUUGGUAAGACUGAUAGUCACACUGCUACCCUGUUGGUAAGACUGAUAUCCACACUGCUACCCUAAUGGUAAGACUGAUAUCCACACUGCUACCCUGUUGGUAAGACUGAUAGUCACACUGCUACCCUGAUGGUAAGACUAAUAUCCACACUGCUACCCUGUUGGUAAGACUGAUAUCCACACUGCUACCCUGAUGGUAAGACUAAUAUCCACACUGCUACCCUGUUGGUAAGACUGAUAGUCACACUGCUACCCUGAGGGUCAACAGGAUUUACUCAGGAGGAUUGGUUCAUUAGGGUCAACAGGUUUAAAUGUGUUUUACUCAGGAGGAUUGGUUCAUUAGGGUCAACAGGAUUAAACAAACAUUGAGUAAGGAGCUCAAAAAUGGACUUCUUGAACUUAAAAUCCUUCUAGGAAAUCCAUGAAUGAGCCAAAAGUCAACACGUCUCCCUCGCUCUCUUCCCACUCUGCUUGACUGUCCCUACCAGCUGACUGUCAUGAGGUCUCUCUCUCUGCUUGACUGUCCCUACCAGCUGACUGUCAUGAGGUCUCUCUCUCUGCUUGACUGUCCCUACCAGCUGACUGUCAUGAGGUCUCUCUCUCUGCUUGACUGUCCCUACCAGCUGACUGUCAUGAGGUCUCUCUCUCUGCUUGACUGUCCCUACCAGCUGACUGUCAUGAGGUCUCUCUCUCUGCUUGACUGUCCCUACCAGCUGACUGUCAUGAGGUCUCUCUCUCUGCUUGACUGUCCCUACCAGCUGACUGUCAUGAGGUCUCUCUCUCUGCUUGACUGUCCCUACCAGCUGACUGUCAUGAGGUCUCUCUCUCUGCUUGACUGUCCCUACCAGCUGACUGUCAUGAGGUCUCUCUCUCUGCUUGACUGUCCCUACCAGCUGACUGUCAUGAGGUCUCUCUCUCUGCUUGACUGUCCCUACCAGCUGACUGUCAUGAGGUCUCUCUCUCUGCUUGACUGUCCCUACCAGCUGACUGUCAUGAGGUCUCUCUCUCUGCUUGACUGUCCCUACCAGCUGACUGUCAUGAGGUCUCUCUCUCUGCUUGACUGUCCCUACCAGCUGACUGUCAUGAGGUCUCUCUCUCUGCUUGACUGUCCCUACCAGCUGACUGUCAUGAGGUCUCUCUCUCUGCUUGACUGUCCCUACCAGCUGACUGUCAUGAGGUCUCUCUCUCUGCUUGACUGUCCCUACCAGCUGACUGUCAUGAGGUCUCUCUCUCUGCUUGACUGUCCCUACCAGCUGACUGUCAUGAGGUCUCUCUCUCUGCUUGACUGUCCCUACCAGCUGACUGUCAUGAGGUCUCUCUCUCUGCUUGACUGUCCCUACCAGCUGACUGUCAUGAGGUCUCUCUCUCUGCUUGACUGUCCCUACCAGCUGACUGUCAUGAGGUCUCUCUCUCUGCUUGACUGUCCCUACCAGCUGACUGUCAUGAGGUCUCUCUCUCUGCUUGACUGUCCCUACCAGCUGACUGUCAUGAGGUCUCUCUCUCUGCUUGACUGUCCCUACCAGCUGACUGUCAUGAGGUCUCUCUCUCUGCUUGACUGUCCCUACCAGCUGACUGUCAUGAGGUCUCUCUCUCUGCUUGACUGUCCCUACCAGCUGACUGUCGCGGCAGUUCUAGAGCGGCGUGUCACUCGGGCCCUCCAAUAGCGGCAGCUCUAGAGCGG